AUGCGUCUCCAAUUAGCCGUCGCGGACCUUGAAGGUACGGCGUACCUAGACCUGGUGGACCUUGUCGCUGAUAUCGCGGUUGCCCUCAGCGAGGCUCUCAAAAAGUCGCCGCCGCUGUACCGGGGCCUCGGCCGACCCCUCGCGGUUCUCGUUCUGGAGAUAGGAACUGUGGAUCUCGAUGACCAUUCUGCAACCUCCAGAGAAUUACGACAGUUGCUCGGAAGGGUCGCCAACGGGUUGAAUGACGCCUUUCGGAGCGAUGAUGUGCAGGCAAAGUAUCAGCAGCUGACGGAGAGCAAAAAGAGGACUGGUUUCCAAUUUCCGCUGUUCCGAUCCUGGAGUGCAAGUCCACCACCCAAUAACUCACAUGCAGACAAGUGGAAGACGUUCCCGUAUCCGGCCCUCGGAAUGCUGAAUGAACUUCUAGGGAGCCAGCUUCGCGGUGAAAUCCGGCUCCUAGAACUCUUGAGCGACGACCGGCAGGCGAUCGACCAGUUGAGGAAGCACAUCAAAGACUGGAAUAAGCUGGUGGACCUGGCGUACGAUGGCGCAGUCGAUGAAUAUGGAGCGGACGGGGAAGAGAGCAACCAACUCAUAUCGUUUGUCAACGAAGCGGUCUUUCGUGGUCAGAAUAGUGUCCGAUGCCUUUCCUGCAGCCUACACGAAGUCCUACACUAUAAUUGGCCUUGCUAUGUCGAAGGUCAUGAGCACGAGGGGCUAUUAGGCCACUGCUUCAGUGCAAAGCUUCGAUUGGACCCAGCCUGGAGCUCCCAGAGCUUUGACCCCGGAAAAGACAGCUUUUUCGUCCUCCUAAGAGGAUCGGAAAUUAUCCAAGAAUGUCGAGUGUGUCUGAACUCCUCCAGUAUGACGAGUGAAAAGAGCUCGCUUGUAUGCCAAGUGGACUACGAAGAAACGCGCCUCAUUUGCUUACGCCUUGCCAAGGAUGGCCACAACAGACUCUGGCCGCAGCCGCUGGGGGAGCCGCCAGAGAUACUGCAGCCGGACGAGGCAUACACGGAGCAGAGCCUGGGACAGUUAUUGGAUAUCGUCAAGCCUACGUAUGCCGCGAAAAGAGUGUUGGGUGUGAUCCUGGCGCGGUCCUUCCUUCAUCUUCUUGGUGGUCCGUGGAUACUACGCUCCUUCUGCAUUGAUGAUAUCUCCGUGUUCUGUCGCCUUGACAGAGACCGACCAUACCCCCUCUUCGACAAGGUCUUCCUGUCGACCAAUUUCGGUCAGCCCUCGGACUCCGCAUCCAGGCCGCGCAACGUGUUCAGCGUUCAUCCAUUUCCGACUAUUCUUGCGCUCGGAAUCAUCCUGACCGAGAUCGAGUUAGGGGACGAUCUGACCGAGCAAUACCGUAAUCCAGAACUUGCCAAGUUGCGCAAGAAUCGCCCGCUGGAGCUAGCAAGAUAUCUGUUGCGAGAAUGCGAGCGACGGUUCCAUGAAUCUGGCUUGUUCCGAGCCGUGAAAUUCUGCAUCGAGCGGGAGUCGUUCCUUCCUUUUGCAAACACCAGUAUCGAAUCCCUCUUUGCUACUGAAGCUUUUGUCAAUGCAUUCUACAUGGGCGCGGUCCGGCCGCUGGAACAAGACUUGGUGACUGGAGCCAAGUGGACAUGGGACGAAGUGAAGUGGCUGAAGCGCGCGAAAUUUGAUGACGAGGGAGUUUGCAAGAUCGUCGCAAAGCUGCAACGCGAAGAAUCGCGGGCGGUUACGAGUCACCAGCUGCAAGAGCGAAGGUCGAAUCCGACGAGUCUGGCCAAGCUUUCCGAAGAUUUAGAGUCACUCUCUUCUAUCCAGAAGCCGUGGCAAGACCGACAGUUGGGCGCUCUCUAUGCUUCUCGGACCCCGGUCAGUCGGGAUAAGUUUGAGGUCGCUAUCAUAUGUGCCUUACCUCUCGAAGCCAACGCUGUACUCUCUCUGUUUGAUCAAUUCUUUGAUGACGACCCAUCACUCACCUACAGAGACCCAACGGACCCUAACUCGUACUCGCUUGGGGUCAUGGGUGGCAAAAAUGUCGUCCUGGCCCACCAGCCGCUCAUGGGAAAGGCGACGGCAGCCAGUGUUGCUACCUUUUGCGCCUGCAGCUUCCGGAGUGUAAAGCUGGCGCUUUUAGUGGGAGUCUGCGGAGGGGUUCCGGUCAAGAAGAACAAGGAGGAAACCCUCCUCGGUGACGUGAUCAUCAGCAAGGGCGUCAUGCAGUAUGACUUUGGUCGCCAGUUUUCGGAUGGGUUUCGACGAAAGAUUGAUGUGGAACAUUCUCUGGGUCGGCCAAACCGACGGAUAGCAUCUUUGCUCGCGAGACUAGAAACUCAAGUCCAUCGAAGAAGGCUUCAAGAACAGAUUACCCAGCAUCUAUCCGAGAUCGAUGACCCUGUCUUGUAUCCGGGUGAAAUGGAGGACAAACUGUUCCCUCCCAAUUAUCGCCAUCAGCAUCAUCGCGCGGAAGUCUGCAGCACUUGCGCAGACUGUACCGAUCUCGCGGAUCCCGUCUGCCAGCGGGCCCUCGAGGCGACCUGCGCUGAGCUCGAAUGCGACACCACACAACUGGUCCAGCGCACGCGACGGAACCAGAGGUACUCCCCUACUGUUCAUAUCGGGUUGAUUGCGUCCGGGGACAGCGUCAUCAAAUCUGGAGUUCAUCGCGAGGCAAUCAGCCAGGAAGCGGGGAUCAUCGGGUUUGAAAUGGAGGGAGCCGGAGUAUGGAAUACGAUUCCCUGUGUGAUCAUCAAGGGUGUCUGCGAUUACGCAGACAGCCAUAAGAAUAAGCUAUGGCAAGAAUAUGCUGCUGCUACGGCAGCCGCUUGCGCGAAGGCUUUUGUACGUCAGUGGUAG